UCUGACCAUGCUUUUCCUGACUCCGGUCUUGGUAGCGGUUCUCUGCGUUGUGAUUGUGUGGAUCUUUAAAAAUGCUGAUAGAAGCACAGAGAGAAAGAAGGAGGAGCCUCGAGUCAGGGCUGAGGUUCACCCCUGGGUGGAUGAAGACUUAAAAGACAGCACUGACCUUCACCAAGCAGAAGAAGAUACUGAUAAAUGGCAAGAAUCAGAGGAAGAGGUCGAACACAUCUCCUUCUCCCAUACCCGCUAUCCUGAGAAGGAAAUGGUUACCAGAUCGCAGGAAUUUUAUGAACUUCUCAAUAAGAGACGGUCAGUCAGGUUCAUAAGUAAUGAGCAAAUCCCAAUGGAAGUCAUUGAUAAUGUCAUCAAAACAGCAGGAACAGCCCCGAGCGGGGCCCACACAGAGCCCUGGACCUUUGUAGUUGUGAAGGACCCGGACGUGAAGCAUAAGAUUCGUGAAAUCAUUGAGGAGGAAGAGGAAAUAAACUACAUGAAAAGAAUGGGACAACGAUGGGUUAUGGACUUGAAGAAACUGAGAACCAACUGGAUUAAAGAGUACUUGGACACUGCCCCUGUCUUGAUUCUCAUUUUCAAACAAGUACAUGGCUUUUCUGCAACUGGCAAGAAAAAGGUCCACUACUACAAUGAGAUCAGUGUUUCCAUCGCUUGUGGCAUUCUGCUGGCUGCCUUGCAGAACGUGGGACUGGUGACUGUCACUACCACUCCUCUCAACUGUGGCCCACGUCUGAGGGUGUUCCUGGACCGGCCCUCACAUGAAAAGCUGCUGAUGCUGCUGCCUGUCGGGUACCCCAGUAAGGAGGCCACAGUGCCCGACCUCAAACGGAAACCUCUGGACCAGAUCCUGGUGACAGUGUAGGCAGGAGCCCC